AGGUAAAUGAACCUCAUGUGAUUUUUUGGCAUAUAAUAAUACUUAUAUAAAACCAGACUGUAUGAGCUAAAUCCCUUUGAUUUUAAUGAAUUAAAAUAAAGUUCUUUAUAAUAAAUAUGGUGCGGUGUCGUCGUGGUGUUUUUAAGUGUUUUGUGUUGUAAUGUGCGUUGUGUAAAAUUAUCAAAAAACUUUAAGAAUCAAGCGGUUUGGGUAAUAUUUUCAUAAAUUGAGACCCAAAGUUGACUUUAUUGCCUUCUACAGACGUUUCCAGGUUUGUGUAGCAAUGAAUUGACAGAUAUGUCAUUGGAUUGAAUUAUUACUUGUUUUUUACGCGGGUAAUUUCGAUUAAUCAAAAUGCUGGGAAAGAGAAUGCAUCACAAUAAUAAAGGAAGACUAGCAAGCAAAGGCCAUGACAAUGGUAAACCAUCCAGUCCUGGUAUAUCACCGUAUAAUAAACCUGCUAAAAUACCAGGCGCUGUUUCCGCAGGGAAAACUAAAGUUGAUUUGUGUCCUAUACCAUACAUCAAAAUACAAGACAAUGCCGUGCAUCUCCCACGAUUUACUGCCAUAGCCGCUAGGUCUGCCGAUGAACAGAUAGGAAUGGAUGAACUUGACUCUUUACAACUGGAAUUGGAGUCGCUUCUCUGUAACACUGCUCUCCGCAUUCGAUAUUUCCAAUCAGAAAUAGAAAGUAUUGAUACCAAUGAAUCAAAACGUGAAAAGAAAGGAAAAGCCGCAGGCAAACAACUACAGUAUCCUGUCAAAAGGAAAUUUAUGGAAGAUAAAUCAGUGAAAACCAAAGAUUACACUAAAUUAUCAAAUCAACCGAAGGUGCCUAAAUUUAAAAAUUUUCCCAAUGCUUCUGGGACUCACAGUUACUCUAAUGAUCCUAACAUGAACUCUGAUAAUUCUGUGAAACUAGAAAUGUCUCAAUUUUCACUACCAAAGAAUAAUAUACCUUAUAAAUUUUGGAAUUCAGUUGAACCCUAUUGUGCUCCUAUUACCUUAGAUGAUAUAAAGUUUCUGGAAUCUUUACUGGCUCAAAGCAGUAACACAACACUUCCACCUAUACCACCACUUGGAAGGCACUAUUCUGAGGUAUGGGCUGAUGAACAUUUGGCAGAAGAUCAGAAUGCUUCUAAUCCCAAUAGACAUAAAUCAGGCAUGUCUCCUGAAGCAUCUAGCUUAAGAAAAAAGUUAGAAAAAGCAAAUGAAAAUAAUAUGAUAACUGGACCGUUAACACAGAGACUUGUAUCAGCAUUAAUGGAAGAAAAUGUCAUGCCUUAUGAAGUACCUGAUGUUAAAGUUAAACAAAUAACAAACACAAAAAAUAGCUAUAAAAAUUCACUGACAUUAGAAAAAUGUCUGCGGAAGGAAUUAGUGGAACAAGGCAUUUUGGAUCCUGAAGAUCUGCCACCUCUGACAAAUCCUGCUGAUGAUGAGAUAUUAGCAGAAAUUAAGAAAUGUCAAACUGAACUUGCUGCUGUACGAAAAGAUAAUUGCCGCAAUCUAAAAAGUCUUAUAGGCUUUUGUAAACAAGAAAUGAUUAGAUUGAACCUAAAGAAACAGUUAGAUCAAGUGGAUAUGGAAUGUGUUGAUAUAUACAAAAAGAUGGUGGCGGCAAAGCAGAAGAAAAGACCAAUUACAAAAAAAGAAAAAGAUGAUGCUUGGAGAGCUAUAAAUGAGCAAAUAAGGCUCAAUAAAGAGAUUAAUGCCUUACCACUGACAGGUCCAAAUUCAAGCUAAAUUAAGACAGGGAAAUGAAGAGAAAGCAAGAUAUUGGACCGAAUAUGUUAUUGAAAACAAUGUUUUUACUCAGCUAGUGGAUGUCAUUUACCAAACAAUAAAUAUGAUAUGAGAGUUAUUGAGUUAUUAUUUGAUUAUAUAGAGUUACAGAUUUAUAUUAUGUUUGUAACAUCUGUAGGUAAUGCUUUUGUUCUCUCAUUUGAGCGAGGGUCAGUAGAGAUGUACCUCUUAUCAUUGCCUCUGUCAUAUUUUUUGUAAUAAGUUUUAUAUAAAGAGAAAAUAUUUUUAAUUGAAAUUUAUCUUUUUAUUUUUAAUAUUAAGCUUUCAAAUAAAGUUCCUACUGAGGCUUCAUUGCAAUUAAAGUAGGCAUGUACAAUUGUAGGAAUUAAUGGUGUGCGCAAUCGAUUACCAUUAA